GGGCGACAACUUCUUGUUCCCCAAUAGCUCGCCGUGCAGCUGCUCCUUUUCGAACCGAGAGCAGACGCUCUUCUUUUAUUUUUCUUUUCUUUUUUGCGUGCGCUAUUAUAGUAGGACCCCCAAUAAAAUGGAGCAAAACCGCGCAAGAAUUUGGGCCGCGAAGUGGACCGCGAAAUGUCAUGGCGUCCUUUGCACGGUGGGAUUCUAUUGGACCUUCUCUGGAAAACUGGACCCGAGUUAUGGGGGGCACGCGGUGGCACGACUGAUGGAUGUGGCGCUGGGGCGUGAUGAUGAAGAUGAAGAUGAAGAUGAUGAGGAGGAUGUCGUGCUUUAACGGUCACGCGUUUCCACGCGUCCCGGCAUCGUCUGCGCGCGACUGGAUUUGGAGGCACCCGGGAGCCGGUGCGCGCAACAAGAGCCCCCCCAACGGGCGCAAUCGUGCACGCGCGGACGCCGGUGAUUGGCCAGAGGUGGAUCAGAUGGUACGCUUCCCCUCUGUGUUUAGUGGCACCUCGCAACCCCCCUCCCCCCUCCUCCUUCCUCGCAGCAAAAGGCAAAUCUCCGAUAAAGUAAUGGCAAAAGCACUUGGACUAUAAAAGACAACAAAUCAUUUUCCUCCGGAGUGCGCCCCGUUGUCCACCCAAUGAGUUCCUAUUUUGUCAACUCAACUUUCCCCGUGUCUCUGCCGGGAGGACAGGACUCUCUCCUGGGCCAGAUCCCGCUCUACACGUCGGGGUACAGCGACCCGCUGAGGCACUACUCCGGCGCGGCCACCUAUGGAGGCGCCGCCGCCGUGCAGGACAAGGUCUACCCGGCCUCUUACUACCAGCAGACGGCCAUCUACGGCCGGGCCGCCGGCGGGGCUCCGUGCGACUUUAGCCCGGCGGGGGGCUUUUAUAAGGACGCCGAGGGGUCGUGCGCCUUCUCCGGCCGCGACGAGGGGCCGCCGCCGCCGCCGCUCUUCGGCGCUCAGGAGCACGCGCAGCGCAAAGGCGAGUGCGUGGGGGAGCAGAGCGCGGCCAUGAGCGUGGACGACAAGUCCUCCGCGCUCAUCUACCCGUGGAUGCAGAGGAUGAACGCCUGCUCGGUCGGCCCGUUCGGCACCAGCGGUCGCAGGGGCCGCCAGACCUACACCCGCUACCAGACGCUGGAGCUGGAGAAGGAGUUCCACUUCAACCGCUACCUGACUCGCAGGCGCCGGAUAGAGAUCUCGCACGCGCUGUGCCUGACCGAGAGACAGAUCAAAAUCUGGUUCCAGAACCGCAGGAUGAAGUGGAAGAAGGAGAACAAGCUGCUCAACCCGCCAAAGACGCCCGAGGAGGAGGAGGAGGAGCAGGCGGAGAAGAAGAGUUAAAAAAAAGAAAUCAUAAUAACAGUAAUAAUAAUAACGAGAAGGACACUACAUGUGUACAAAAUAUGUUGUAGAUAUUAUUCAUGUGUCUCGUGCUACGUAGAGUUGCUUUUAGACCUCUGUGUGCUUCGUCUUGAUUUAGAGACUAUGCAAACAUGUACAGACUUUGUAGUGCUUUUUUCCCCCUCUUGUUGUAGGCCUCAAAAGUCUUGUUCGUGCACGUGUUGUGCUUGUCCUCCUUCCGGCGUGUACAUAAAACGUCCGCAACUGCUAUUAUUAUGAUGAUGAUGUCAUUAUUUAUUGCUGUAACGUGUUCGAUGCAAUUAUUUUGUUCAGGAGAAAAAGACAUGUACAUA